GGGAGAGAGAGAGAGAGAGAGAGAGAGAGAGAGAGAGAGAGAGAAAUGGGUGAUUCCGACGAUGGUGAUCGUCUUCCUCCUCCAUCUUCUUCCGACGAACUCUCGAGCAUUCUCCGGCAGAUUUUGUCCCGUACUCCGACAGCUCAACCUUCGUCCCCACCGAAGAGAAUCGUUUCCUCCGCUGAAAUGUUCGACCGAUCCUUCCCUUUCGUUUCCGCCGGAGCGGUUUCUUCCGCAGGCUAUGCAGUCGCUGAAACCGGCGACAAAAAAUAUGCUUUCGAAAACAAAAGAAAUGGAGCUAGACAGAGUAAUUCGUUGAAGAGAAACAUUGAUACACAAUUCCACAACUUGUCUGAAAAGAGGAGGAGAAGCAAGAUCAACGAGAAAAUGAAAGCUUUGCAGAAACUGAUACCGAAUUCCAACAAGACUGAUAAAGCCUCAAUGCUCGAUGAAGCUAUAGAGUAUCUGAAGCAGCUUCAACUUCAAGUUCAGGCUUUAGCCGUUAUGAAUGGUUUAGGCCUAAACCCCAUGCGGUUACCACCGGUUAUACCACCAACACAGACAAGGGUCGAUGAGGCCUUACAGCCAGAGUUGAACAUAGAGACUCUGCUUGGUGGUUCUCACUCGCUUGUUCACCACCGUGAACCACCCGAAGCAAGCCAAGAAAUGUGCUUUUCUACAGCUGCUCGGCUUCAAGAAAACACCUAAACAGUGAUGUGAUGAUUCGGCGUCAAACUGGUCAGAUUUCCUCUUAGUACCUGCCGCAGAAUCCGGAGUCAAAAAAGUUCUUUUCGAGUGUUGUAUUUGGUUAGAUUACAAAG